AUUGACAGAUAUUUGUAAAAUGGCCUUCUUUUGUAAGAAUAUCCAAAUGCUCUAGCGAGGAAUCACGACCGUAUUUGGAAUAUUAACUGUCUGCUGAGGUUUCCAGUUCAACAGUGCUUCGAUGCCCAGCCAACAGCAUAAAGAGGUGUGUGCAUCCUGCCAGUACCCCAUUGAAGACCGCUUUCUCCUGCGGGUCAUGGACUUACCCUGGCACGAGCAAUGUGUCGUCUGCUCAGUGUGCCAAACCCAGCUCACCCGCACAUGUUUCCAUCGCAACAGACAGUUUUACUGCAAAAACGACUAUGACAAGUUGUUCCGACGAGCAUCUUGCAAUGGUUGCGGUAUGUUCGUCAUUCCAACAGAAUUUGUGAUGCGAGCAAAAGGUUAUGUGUACCACCAGCAAUGCUUCAACUGCAUCGAGUGCGGACAGCAGCUCCGCCAAGGUGACCAUUGUGCAAUAAAGGACGGACAACUCUUCUGUGGUAUCGACUUUGAGAAAGAAAUGAACAUGAUGGCACUAAGUCCAAGAAGCGAUGGGUCGGACAGUUACGAGGAUGGGGAGAGUGACUGUGGGAAGCACCCUAAGCGGCCCCGCACCAUUCUGACAACCAGUCAGCGACGCAAGUUCAAGUCAGCGUUCGAACUCAACCCAAAGCCGUGCAGAAAAGUACGCGAACAACUCGCCGCCGAAACAGGUCUUAGUGUUCGAGUUGUGCAGGUGUGGUUUCAAAAUCAGAGGGCAAAGGUAAAAAAAUUAGCACGUCGCCAAAAUCAAGAUGGUUGCGGAACAAAAUCAGGGGUACAAACUAAAGUCAAAAAUGAGGGAAAGGACUGCAAAUUUGAACGGGAGGAGGAUAUCGAUCAAGACUGUUUGCCAAAAGUGAGAGACGAUGAAUCACUGAGUUCUUUGAUAUCGGAGCCUCAAAAUAACAACAAUAUCGAGCAAAUAUCCCCACUUUCAUCGGGAGAUCAUGAGUCAUACCGAAGCCAACUCGACCUUGGACGUAAAGGACUUGAUGAUGGCUUGAGUUGCGUGGAUCCACUGUUUGUGAACGGUGGCCUCCCUCCUCAUUCACAUCUUGACAACUCGGGCCUGCCAAAUCCGAUCGAUAAGCUUUACUCAAUGCAGAACUCCUAUUUCAGUGUAGAAUGAAGCCAAGGCGGCAAUGGGAUCAUAAGAAAGACUUGUUCAUGCAAAUUAUAGUUCACCCAAAGCAUCUAUCAUGUUCGAUAAAGAACACCAGGUCUUAUCAAAAAUUAAAGCUUAUACAUGUUAAUCAAUAAUUUAUGAAUUUUCACAUUUCAUUCAAUGAUAUUUUAGCCAUUUCGUUUGGAUGCUGUUUUAUCUAGAAGUCACAAGGAAUUUAAAUUAGGUUGGUCUGAGACACCUGUCGAUAUUAAUGUGGAUAAAAGUAUAUUAUAAUUAGAAUACUUCACUGGUAAGAAUUUUGUCAAAUUUUAUAAAACUUGACCAAAAAAUAUUUCCAGCGGGAAUCGAACUCACGAUUAACACCUUUAUAGUUACCGCGCUAAUCCAUUUCAUCAAGCUGUUAGGUAACACUGUUGGGAGAAAUUAUACUUUUUAUUUCGAUAGGAAGUACGUCGCAAUAUUGAGGUGUCCCAUACCAACUUAGGUUGCAUCAUAUACUUCUUGAAUAUAAACACUGAUUUUACAAAGAAACUUUUAGAUACAACAAUUUGUUUGUUAUCAUACACAACGCUAAUUAUAUUAAUAUUUUCUUGUUUGAAUAUUGGACUGAAUACAUAUAUUAUGAUUCACAAAUAUCAAAGAAAUUGAACAUUUUUUACGACUUGCUUUAUUACAUCUCCGUUGGUUUUCAUAUACAUGUAUAAGCGUUCUUUUUAUAGUUAUUUCAAUUAAUAAUUAUGGUAAACAUGUCACUGAUUUGAUUUAGGCAACUUUCUUUUUCAAAGCAAAACACACGAAUUAUUUUUUUUUAUUAAUAGGUUUGCCUUGGUAUUCUUGUAUGAUUAACUUUUCUGUAAUUGUUUGUGCUCAUGCAAAAUUCUUGAAUUUUUUUCCAGAUUUAAGAGUCGGCAUUAUUAUAUGGUAGUUCCAAUCAGAUUAAAACAUAACAAAGAAUACAAAAUAAGUAAGAUGAAAGUGCUAACAAAUUAGAUGCAGCAUUCUCUGCAUUUUGCCCAUUACUUUGGACGGCGCCUUUGGGGGGGGGGGGUAUUCUUAUGGAUUUUUUUCUCUCAAUUUGGUUAAAUUUCUUUCAUAUAUUUAUAAAGAAGGGAUUCUAUUUUACACAAAUAAAAAAAUCCUUUUUUAGUGCUACAUUGUUAUGAGAAUUCGAUUAAUUUGAUGAUAGGGAUUAGACAAGGAGACUUCUUUAGGGUUUUGGUAUUUUUGUAAUGCCAGUGUUAGUGAUAUUUUGUUUCUAUGUGUAUUUAUUUUGUUUUUCUGUGAUAAUUAGUACCGUGUGUUACGUUUACAUUUUGUACGAAGUAUUGUUGUUAAUGAAGAAAAUUGGUCUGUUUUGAAUGAUAGAGAAUUGAAAUAUAAGAUAUAAUUUAAUACACCGUAAAGCUGUUUAUCAAAAAGCCGAAACUGUUCCAACCCAUUUUAUAUGAAUGUAGAAUCUGUAACUAUUGAUUUUAUUCUUACAAUAAAGAAUUGAAAUUGGAAACAGAUUUUUUUGGUUCAAAGUAACAGUUUUCUAAAAUAACAUACACUUGUUUGAAAGAUAAACAUUGUGAUCUGACUAUCUUUGGAGGUACAUGUAUAAUCUCCAGUAACUAUAUACAUUAAUCGGAAUGCUGUGGGAAGUGUUAUCAAUAUUGUUUGUUUUUAUAUCUGACUUGCACUUUUCCCUUUGGUUAUUUUUGUUUCUACCAAAUUAUCAUAAUUGAAUUGUUUUUUGAACUUGACCGAUACUUUUUUUUCAACUUUCAAGAGCAUUUUAUAAAAGUCGAAUUGAACCUUUCAAGGUGAAUCGGUAACAUAUUUACAGGUACUCGAUUCAAAGCUGAUUGAGAACAUCGAAAUUUCACAAAACCUUGUACAAUUGCCUCGUUAAGUUAUGAAUAAAUAAUGUGGUAUGAGCCGAGGAUCAACGGUCAGAGGUUAGAAUCCUACUGUCUAAAGUGUGUGGUGGUUCCAGUCCGUCUGUAACAGAACUAUAGUAUGAUUUAACUUUUGUAUUUUCAUAUGUUUCAUUUUAUAUUUUUAUUUUGUAUCGGUUGGCCGGUCAGAGAACGACACUAACUGUUUUACAUAUAUGUACCGUGUUACAAUUAUAGAGGACAAUAUCUUCACUAUGGGUGGUGAUAUACAGGGCAAUAUCUUCACUAUGGGUGGUGAUAUACAGGGCAAUAUCUACACUAUGGAUGGUGAUGACCCGACAAUUAUACAGGGCAAGCAAUAUCUACACUAUGGGUAGUGGUGACCCGGCGAAAUCAAUUGAGGAGGCCAUUGGGAAGCAAUUCUUCUUUUUUGUACAAAAUACCUCAUCUGUUCUAGAACAUAAUCUAUGAUAAUUAGAGGAGCGUCGAUAAGAUUAUGAUUUGCAUAUCCUGUAAAACCAGAACUCUUAAUUUGUUUUAAUCAUUAGUAAAUUAUUUGUAAAAGGGUUGUCAGUUUAACGUGUGCAAUAAUAUCUUGAAUUCGGUUUUGAAGCCAUUUUCAAUAAUUAAAAUGGCUCUGAAAUUAUGAGAGUGUCUGAAUCAUCUUUUUGAAUGUGGUGGGUGUUUUUAUGCAUUCAUGUAUAGAAAAUAUCCUUAAUACCUUUUGCCAAGCUUGAAGUAGAUUGGAGGCAGAAAAACGUUGUCUGGUUUCAUAUUGUCUUCAAUAUAUGUGAUGAAUAAUGGAAGAUGCAAAUUUUGAAUUGGAAUUUCUUUUGAUGAACUGAUUUGGUGUUCUAUGAUUUUGUUAUUUAUAUUUACAUAUACAUGUUGUAUACAAAAUAUUAAACGAUAAAAGAAU